CUCCCAAACAGGUACCCAGGUACCUACAUACCUUAGUAUAUUGGGCAGGUACAUUCCUCACGUACCUUCCACGCCUGCGAAACCAGCGUGAGAGAUAGAAGUACCCAUGUACACAGGAGGACGGCGUGUGAAUAUCCCUACCUGUCCACCAUUUUUCCCCCGAGCCUUCGUUUGCAUUUUUUUUUCCCUUCUCCUACUUUUCCUUCCAGGAAAAAGCCAACCCGCAACAGACAACGAAGUCGCACUACACCCGCUCUCCAUAGCAUACCAUUCAGACCAUAUAAAAACUUCGUCGAGAAUCAUGCCUUCGGCCGUCGCUGAGCUGUAAACACCCACUGCGGGACGUGCCUGGACUGGGCG